CACCAACCAUUUCUUGUACAUUUGUCGAUUCAGUCUCGUUCGGUCAAGUUCCUCCCGCUCUUUCUCUCUUGCACUGUGUGGUAAAAUAACGAAUUCCGCGUCGAAAUUCUAUUCGAAGAUUUUCGUUUUAAUUGUUUUUGAUCUUCAAUUUCAUUUUUUUUUUUUUUUUGGUGAAUGGAAACGAGUUUUUAGUUUUCGUGCAAUCAAUUUUGUUUUCAUAUUCAAUUAAGGGCACCCGGCUGCUCUUUAAAAGAAAAAAAAAACGAAACAACAAAAAAUCAAAUAAUUGUGGAAAGUGGCCUCAUUCUAAGGAUUAAUACGGAUUACAGUUUUGAACAAAAUAAGAGUCAUGAAUCUUUCAUGCAUCGUGCUGAUAUCGCUAGCUUGUCUAGUGUUGACGUCAUAUGCCUCGCCCAUUCAAAUUGUUGAAGCCCAUCCAACCGAAUCAAAAUCAGAUUUAACGCUAACAAAUACGAUAGCUGGUCGUCAAACAGCAGCAGCUGCAGUGCCAGCAGUUCCCGCAGCUGUGGACGAUGAUGAUGACGAUGACGACGAAGAUGAUAUUGAGGAUGCUUUAGACGAUGAUGAUGAUGAUGACGAUGAGGAAGGCGGUGCUGCUGAUGAUGAUGACGAUGACGACGAUGAUUAUUUGGAACGAUUUUUCGAUGAUAUUUUAGGCGAUGAUGACGACGACGACGAUGACGAUGUAAGUCCAUCGACUGGCCAAGUCCAGCAACCUGCUCAACAACCCUCAGCUCCAACUGCCGUAGCCGACGAAGUUGCUGGUGGCGACUAUCCAGCUGGUGAUGUUGAUGCAGUCUACGAUGACGAUCAACAAGUCGAAGACAAUGGUGUCCAAGUGUUAGAUACAGCACCGGGCGAUACAGUAAAGGAACCAAGUGAAACAGUGUCAGCUGUUGCAGCGCCAGCAACACCAAUCGGUGCUGUUAAUGUUGCUGCUGCUGAAGAAGAAGAGGACGAUGAAGAAGAUGAAAUUGAGGAUGCUCUUGAUGUUGACGAUGACGAUGAUGAUGAAGACGAUGACGAUGACGAUGAAGAUGAUCUGAUUGGAGACGAUGUGAUUGAAGCUAGAGGUGCACGUGGUCUGAAAGACAAUUCAGUUCCGGUACCCGAUAUCUUGAUCAAUAAGUACAAUCGAUUUGUUGACGGUAUCUUUGGACGUAUCAAUAAAAUACUGAAGCGAUCGUAUGAUCCAGUUAGUGUUCGUCUCUCAACGGGUGAAACCAAAACUAAAAAGACUAAAACCACAACAAAGAAGAGAAAAACAACCACACGCACCAAAACUAGUCAGAAAUCUCGUACAGCAUCCCCCAUCAAUCAAUCUGAGAUCGAUCAAAAUAAAAAUGAUGCACCUCGCGUAGACCGAAAUCUAAGGGAAGUUGAACAACCCAUUGCCGUCGGUAUUCCAGAAACAUUUUUGACAACAUCGUCCAAGGACGUACCAUCAGAAACCCGAACAGUUUCCUCGAAAAAAACCACUGAAAAACGAGUGACCAAGCGUACGAAAACGAAAUCGAAGACGAAACAAGCAACAAAAAAGCAAGCCGAACGAGAAGGUGCCCAUGGUGUUUUGUAUGGUCUAUCUACCCUCACCAGACAAGGGAAUGUUCGGGUAAAUGCCGUGGCUGAUUAUACAACCGUUAAAAGUAAUUUCGUUUUGGGCCCGUUGGUUCUGAAAGUGGAAAAAGCAUUCGGCCGGGGUGCCAAGCGUGAAUUAAAAAGUGCUACAGCAACAACAACCGAAAUGAUUGGCCGAAUUAAUUUAAGAAUUGUUAACGGAGCAGCAACGCUUCAUUCGAUUAAAGUUCAACAACCGAAACAGGUGCAAGUAGAUAGUGCCGACAAUCACGAUAAGACGAGAAAGUUUGUAUGGAAAAAGAGCUCGCAUAUUGCUCAAGUGGUUUCACAACAAUUAACUGCUGCUGCACGAUCAAUGUUACAGCCACCACCGAGUACAAAUUAGAUGCAUGCAAUUCGUGCUGUACCUUAGCUGACUGUAUUUGUACAUAAGAU